AUGUAUCAAUUGUUAAUUUUAAUAUUUAUUUAUUUAAUUCCAACUAUUAAUUCAAAUUGUAUUUGGUAUGAAAGUAUACGUCCUGGUUAUAAUCAACUUUAUUUACAUGGUGAACCAAAACCAUUACCACCAAGUGAGAUUCAUCUAUUAAAUGACAUGUGUCCUCAUAUGGCAACACAUCAAGGUAUUUCACCUAAUUUAUGUUGCGAUGGUAAACAAUUAGCUGAAAUGCAAAAAUUUCGAUAUAUGUUGGAUAAUUUAAUUGGUCGUUGUCCAUCAUGUUAUUUUAAUUUAUUGCAUAUAUUUUGUGAAAUGGCUUGUAGUCCUAAUCAAGAUCAAUUUGCAUAUCCAUUAGAAAUUAUAAAUAUAACUCGGCCGAAUGAAAAUGAAGAAACUAAAUCAGAUGAUAGUCUAAGAGAAGAUUGGGCUUUACCAGACUAUGUUGAUCCAGAUGAAGAAGGAGAAGAAGGCAAAACAAAAGUAACAUCAAAACCAAUUGAAACAGUCAGCGUUAUUAAGAAACUUCGAUAUUAUGUAUUAGAAAAACAAGCUAAUGAUUUUAUUGAAUCAUGCUGGAGUGUUCGUAUGAAUUUUCAAUAUGCAAUUGAUAUCCUUUGUGGAUCAAUAAAUCGUGCAUGUGAUCAUAAAAAACUUUUUAAAUAUAUUGGUGCAGAUAAUACACAAACACCACUUAAAAUUGAUUUUAUUUUUGUUAAUGGAACUUAUUAUGAUGCAGAACUUGAUCGAACAUUCCAACCAUCACAAGAAUCAAUGUUUACUUGUGAUCAACCGGUUAUUUUACCACAUAUUUCAAGAGAAAAAUGUACUUGUAUGGAUUGUAAUGCCAUGUGUCCAAAAUUAAAUAAAAUCGAAAGUGGAACUAUAAUUACAUCGGCUGAUUCCUUUAUAGAUAAAUUAAGAUUAAAAUUAUCUGGAUUUCAUCGUAUAACAAUUGCUGCUGUUAUAUUAUAUAUUAUAUUUGUUAUUGUGUUUGUUAUUCUUAAUGUCCUUAUGUGUAUAUGGAAUGUAAAAAAUAAUCGAAGAAAAUAUUUUGUUGCAAAUGAUAAAUCGAUGGUAAAUAAAGAAAGAUUAAAUCGUUCAAUUGAACAUCAUCAUGUACCUUUGUCUGUACAAGAUGAUGAAGAAUCUGACACUUCAUUUGAUGAUGAAAAAAAUGGUAUAUUAGAUCGAUUUGGUGUUAAAAUAGAUGAAAGUCUUCAUAAAAUAUUUACUGGUAUUGGUCGAUUUUGUGCUUAUAAUCCCAAGUAUACACUUAUGCCCGUAAUGGCUAUUUUGUUUGUUUUAUGUUAUGGUAGUCGUUAUUAUACAGUAACUACAGAUCCGGUUGAUCUUUGGGUUGCACAUAAUUCUCGUGCACGUCAAGAAAAAGCUUAUUUUGAUGAAAAAUUUGGACCAUUCUAUCGUAUAGCACAUUUAAUUCUUGUUCCUAAAAAUCAAAGUAAUAUUGAUCUUAUUUAUAAAACACCCUUUGAUGCUGAAGAAAAACAUACAUUUGGACCUGUAUUUGAACGAAAUUUUCUUCUUGAUGCAUUACGUUUACAAUUAUUUAUUGAAAAUUUUAAUGUAACAAAACAAUCUGGUAAAAAUAUUGAUUUAAAUACAAUUUGUUUUAAACCACUUGAACCAGAUAAUAAUCAUUGUGCUAUUAUAUCAUUAUUUCAAUAUCAUCAAAAUAAUUUAACAUUUCUUUUAAAUGAAACAUUAUAUUCAUCACAAUAUCUUGAAUGUAUGCAGUCACCAUUAACACAACAAACAAAAUCAUUUCAACGUACAUGUAUGGCAAAAUAUGGUGGACCUAUUGAUCCAUAUAUGGUUCUUGGAUCAUUUCCAAUAAAUGAUAGUGUACCAGAUUAUACAAAAGCUCAUGCACUUAUUAUAACAAUAACAAUAAAUAAUAAACGUCAUGGUGAACAACUUGAUAAUGCAUUAUUAUGGGAAAAAUAUUUUCUUCAAUAUAUGAAAACAUAUGAAUCAGAAUGGUUUGAUGUUAAAUAUCGUGCUGAAAGAUCAAUUGAAGAUGAAAUUGAACGUGAAUCAAAAUCGGAUAUUAAAACUGUUCUUAUAUCAUAUAUGAUUAUGUUUUUUUAUAUAGCAAUAGCAUUAGGUCGUGUAAGAAGUAUAAAAUAUAUUUUAGUUGAUAUGAAAGUUUCAUUGGGUAUUGCUGGUGUUGUACUUGUUGCACUUAGUGUUUGGGCUAGUAUUGGUAUUUUUUCUUAUAUGCGUAUACCAACAACAUUAAUUAUAUUUGAAGUUAUACCAUUUUUGGUAUUAGCUGUUGGAGUUGAUAAUAUAUUUAUUUUAACACAAUCUAUUCAACGUGAUCGUCGUUUAGUUAAUGAAGAUGUUGAAUCUCAAAUAGGACGUAUUGUUGGUCGUGUUGGUCCAGCUAUGUUAUUAACAUCUGUAUCGGAAAGUAUAGCAUUUUUUCUUGGUGCUUUAACACCAAUGCCAGCUGUACGAUUAUUCAGUUUAUAUGCUGGAAUGUCUGUUUUAAUUGAUUUUCUUCUUCAAAUAACAAUAUUUAUUUCAUUAAUAACAAUUGAUCAAAAACGUACAAUUAAAAAUCGUUUUGAUAUAUUUUGUUGUUUACAAAUUUCAAAUACAGAUAGUAAUAGUCCUUAUCGUUGGAAAUGGUUUAAAAAAAAAUCUAUAAAUAAAAAUUUAAAUUCUCUUGAAACAUCAACAAUAAAAGAAAAUGAAAUAAAUGAAGAUAAUUCAAAUGAAAUUGAUGGAUUUUUAUAUCGUAUAUUUAAAUAUAAUUAUGCACCAUUUAUUAUGAAUGAUUAUAUUCGACCAUUAGUUAUAUUUAUAUUUUUUACUUGGCUUGCAGCAAGUAUUGCUUUAAUACCAUAUGUUAAAAUAGGUUUAGAACAAAAUAUAACUAUGGCAAAAGAUUCUUAUAUGAUUGAAUAUUUUUCUGCAUUAAAACAAUAUUUAGCUGUUGGUCCACCUGUCUAUUUUAUUAUUAAACCAGGUAUUAAUUAUGCAAGUUUAAAUGCAAGUAAUAUGAUAUGUUCAAGUGCUGGUUGUUCACCGCAAUCGAUAGCAAAUCAAUUAGGUAUAGCAUCACUUUAUCCAGCUGAAACUCGAUUAGCACAAAUCGGUACAACAUGGCUUGAUGAUUAUUAUGAUUGGUUACGUCAUCGUGGUUCAACACCAUGUUGUCGUUUAUAUGAAAAUACAAAAGAAUUUUGUUCAACAAAUUCAAUAUCAAAUAGAAAUUGUUAUGCUUGUACACGUAGUACAACACGUGAAAAUAUAACACAAAAAGAAUUUCAAGAAUUUUUACCAUUUUUCUUAAAAGAUAAUCCAAAUAUAAAAUGUGCUAAAGGUGGUCAUGCAGCACAUGGUAGUAGUGUAAACUUAUAUGAUAAUAAUACUUCUGUUGAAACAAGUCUUAUUAUGGGUUAUCAUAGUCUUUUAAUUAGUUCAAAUGAUUUUAUUGAUGCUAUGCAACAAGCAUAUAGUUUAACUGGUAAUAUAACACAUACAUUAAGAAAUGCAGGUUAUGAUAUUGAAGUAUUUCCAUAUAGUAUAUUUUAUGUUUUCUACGAACAAUAUUUAACUAUUUGGCAUGAUGCCUUUAUGAAUUUAGCUAUAUCAGCAACGGCUAUUUUUAUUGUUACAUUUAUUUUACUUGGAUUAGAUAUUAUUUCGGCUUUUAUUAUAACAUUAACAAUAGCAAUGAUUACUUGUGAUAUGAUUGGUAUGAUGUAUUUAUGGAAUAUUGAAUUAAAUGCUAUAUCACUUGUUAAUCUUGUUAUGUCUGUUGGUAUUUCACUUGAAUUUUGUGCUCAUAUAUGUCGAGAUUUUCUUUUAUCAUCUCAUCGAUCACGAUUAAAACGGGCUGAACAUGCUCUAGCUUAUAUGGGUAGUUCCGUAUUUAGUGGAAUAACUUUAACAAAAAUUGGUGGCAUUGUUGUACUCGGUUUUUCACAUUCUCAACUCUUUCAUAUAUUUUAUUUUCGAAUGUUUAUUUGUAUCGUUUCAUUCGGUGCUGCUCAUGGCUUAAUCUUUUUACCAGUAUUACUCAGUUAUAUAGGUCCAAGUCCUAAUCGUAGUCGUAUAUCAAGAUCUGAAUCAAUAAAAUUACAAAAAGAAAUUUCAUUAACUGCAACAUCUUAA